CUGAUAUUAGAUUAUUUGCUCUUCGGGCAGUUGCACUGUCAUGGCCAAGCGCGGAACUGGUCUAGCUGAUGGGGCUGAGUUGAAGCCUUUGAGCCUCAUUUGCUGGGGAUGUUCUCAGCAUCUCCAGUGUGCGCUGAAUGUCUCCCGCGUCGCUUGCCCCUCCUGUGGCGCCUUGAAUGACCGCGAGCUUCCAAGGAGGUCCUCGCCCUUGGACGUGUGCACCGAAUUCAUCAGUCAACCACUGGUGCGUCGCGUGUGGAGCUGGGGCAUGGUGGCUUUCGUGAUGUGCACCAUUCACUGCAUCACCCUCGCAGGCGUUCUAUACAUCUAUCCGCACUUCUUGCCAAAUGCAGAGGAGCCAUCAUUCUAUGUGCAUUGGUUUCUAUGCCUUUGGCUUUGGACAAACACCACUGUGAACUACCUGGAGGCAGUCUGGAGGGAUCCAGGCUUCGUGAAGCUGGGAGUGACCGAGCGCGAGCGCUCUCGCAGCGAAGCAGAUGAGCUAGGAACGCCCAAAUGGGAAGGCUACACCUUCUGUCGGCCAUGCCAACAAGCAAAGCCGCCAAAGAGUCAUCACUGUCGCAUCUGCCGCCGGUGCGUUCACGGGAUGGAUCAUCAUUGUCCGUUCGUCGGGAACUGCGUGGGAAUGGCCAACCGACGCGCGUUCGUGCUCUUCUUAUUCUGGUCUGCCUCUUCUUUGUUCUACGUCUUGAGCAUUAGUGUGCUGCAUCUCUUGGACCGACGGGAGGAGUUGGAACAAGGCUUCAAGGAGGCCACCGAGAAGCUCCCCCCUUGGGCGUGGCACCGUACCGCCUUCUAUUUGGCGGCCGUGCUCAAUCACCACUUCACUGGGAUACACUUGCAUGCUGUGGUGAUGCUCUUGCCGAUCGUGACUGUCACCUUUUCAAUGACGGCUUCCCUACUGAUCCAGCAGAUCCUCUUGAUCUCCCGGGGCCUCACCACCAUCACCCGACUGCAACGACGUCGAGUCGCCCGCAUCUCGCACAUGUCGCCGCGCCUCGCGGCGCUGGCGCCUGCACCCCUGUCGCCUGCACCAUUGGCGCCGCCGGUGUGCUUUGGGGCGACGAGUUCCGGCAGCUCGAUGAGAGAUCACUGGGAGGAAGUCUUUGGGAGUCUCGAUCUGAAGAUGAACAGUUUUCUGUUGUCAUGAUUUUCUGGCCAAAUCUUCAACAAGUUUUCAAAAAAUCCCAGACGUUCCAUGUUAGGGCUAAGGAAUCCCCAGCCAGCCACACAUUGGACAUGAACGAUUUAGUUUUGUUGUCAUUUUCCUUUCAUUUGGGUAUGGUUAUUGAUAUGGUUGUUGCUAGCAUGUUUUUAACAUUUGGUUUUCAGGCCUUCAUUUUUUUCAUUUCAGGCAUAGUUAUUCUCAUCAUUUUGUGUUAGGUUAGAGACAGAAAGCAACAUGAAGAUAGCAAAUGGCAACCAAAAAUAAAUGAAGACAUAAACGAUGCAGACUAAGGCAAAUGAUAAGAAAAUGAAGAAACACAUGAUGAC